UGCUGGACCCAAAGGAGACAACAUUUAUGAAUGGAGGUCAACUAUACUUGGGCCUCCAGGGUCUGUAUAUGAAGGUGGAGUUUUCUUCCUUGACAUUACCUUUUCACCGGACUAUCCUUUUAAACCACCUAAGGUAACAUUUCGGACGAGGAUCUACCACUGUAACAUUAACAGCCAAGGCGUCAUCUGCCUGGACAUUUUAAAAGACAACUGGAGCCCAGCAUUAACCAUUUCUAAAGUUCUCCUCUCCAUCUGCUCCCUCCUCACAGACUGCAACCCGG